UGUUGGACUUAAAUUCUUGAUAUUUUAGUCCUGGUCAAGUUUAGUCUACUGUCAAGUAGUUAUACUUAGCUUCUAGUACUCGCACAAAGGAAGACCUUGCCCGGAAUUUAAAAGUGCCAUAUAUGCUCUUGACCUAGAAUAACAUUCAAUCACUAACACAAUGCUCAGGUAACAAGAUAGAUGACUUGAACAAGAGAUCAUUCAAAUCUCCAGCUCUAUGACACGAUUCUCAGAUUCUAUUCAUCCCCAACAGUUCGUUCCCCUGCGCGGAAUAUUCCAUGGAAGGGUUAUUACAGAGUACAGAAUUCAGCCGGGCGAUGGGAACACGGGAUCCAAGCUGGGCCAAACAAUACGGACGGCGGACAAACGUCCACAACAUCUCAGAGGACACAUUGUCAACACUCAUAUCAUUAAUACACCCCAUCACAACGAGAAACUUGAGAAGAAGCUGCUGUAACUUUCGGGUUGAUCUAUUUAUUGCUCUAGUAACAUUAUUGCUUUGAUUUUGCAGUUGUUGUUUAAAUUCCAGCCAGCUCCGGACACUGUUUCUACCUCAUUGGUACCCACCAAUUCCUAGCGCCUGAUCACCUAGAAUACAUAUUUAAUUAUCUCCGGUCGAGAGCUUUCGAGAACCCGUUUGCAUACCAACAAUAGAACGCAUUGAUUUAUCCAUAUCCGCACUCCUUCAGCGUCUCCCUGCCCUCUCCGGUUCGUUCUCACAGAUGCCUUAACCACAUCAACGCACGUCAUGAUCCUCCGAAGGCUACUGCUGGCUGCUGGCAGCUUGCUGCUAGCCAGCGCAUUCACCAGCGCAAAGAAGGCAGACGGUCCCAAAAUAACAGUGACAAAGUUCAAACAUGAGCCCGUCAACCUAUUCUACUUCGAUGACUCGGACGUCGUGAUGUUGCAGGAUGGGAAUAACGGCGAUGUGUACGUGUCGAGGAAUGCUGGUACCAAAUGGGAUAUCGUCGAUGUGGGUGAGAUGAAGGGACAGGCCUGGUCCCUCAUGCCACAUCCUAUGGAUAGGACCAAGGCAUACGUAUUGGGCAAGGGAGGGAAACAUUGGGUCACCAACGAUCAGGCCAUGACCUGGCGGGAGUUUACGGUCGAUGCGGAGCUCUCGCCAUAUCAGCUUCCACUCGUUUUCCACGGCAAGGAUUCGAACAGGGUAAUGCUCCAGGGCAUCAAAUGUUCCGGGCGCGACUGUGUGGAGAGAACAUAUUACACGACGGAUGGAUUCCAAACGCUACACCUCUUAAUGGAGAAGGGACGGCAUUGUGCCUGGGCCGUUUCAACACCCAUGUUUGGAGAUGGGCUCGACCUGCCUAAGGAGGUGAACGACAGGAUUUUUUGCGUCGUAUCAGGAUUGCAUUCCCAAUGGCCCGAAGACAAUCGCCUCCUUUACUCAGAUCGGUUUUUCAAAGAUGAUUCUGGGAUUGAAGCUGGACUUGACAGCGGCCGUGCAGUGAGUGGCGUCAUACGUACUGCGAGUGCGAAGCGGCACUUACUGGCUGCGACGAAGUCGCGUAGGACGAACGAGCUGGCUCUCUUUGUGACAGAUGAUGCGUCAGGGUGGCAUCGAGCUGAGUUUGACGGGCAAAGAAUAGAAGAAGACGCCUAUACAAUCCUGGAAUCCACAAAUUAUAGUCUCCAGGUCGAUGUCGUGUCGACCGACUCGUCAGCCAUGGGCACCCUAUUCACGUCAAAUUCAAAUGGCACUUACUUUACGCGUAACAUUGAGCAUACAAACCGGAAUAGGCAGGGGCUGGUCGACUUUGAGAAGAUCGCUACGAUACAGGGUAUUAUUCUCGUCAAUACGGUUAAAAACUGGGAAGAUGUUGAAAAAUCAUCUGUCGUCGAGAAGAAAAUUGUCAGCCGGAUUUCAUUUGAUGAUGGGAGGACUUUCCAGCCCCUAAAGGCUGGCAAACAAGACCUUCACCUUCACUCCGUCACCGAUGCCACGAACUAUGGCCGUGUAUUCUCGAGCCCUGCUCCCGGAUUAGUUAUGGGAGUUGGCAACACAGGUGGUCAUCUCAAGGACUACUCUGAUGGCGAUUUAUACAUUUCCGACGACGCAGGGAUCAACUGGAAGAAAGCUCUGAGUGAUGCUCAUAAAUAUGAAUUUGGCGAUCAAGGCUCUGUUAUUGUCGCCGUCUACGAUGAAGGAAGAACAAACAAGAUUUCAUACUCUUUCAACCAUGGAAAGAGUUGGGAAAAGGCAUCCCUACCUUUACCCGAUGACGUUAAAAUUCGUGCCAAAAUUCUAACCACAAUGCCUGACUCGACAAGCUUGAAGUUUGUUCUUGUGGGAUCUGCCAAAGCUGACUCCGAUGUGGAACACUAUGUCAUAGCUAUUGACUUUGCCGAGAUGGAGGAACGCACUUGUGUGGAUCCUGACUUCGAGAAGUGGCCAGCCAGAUUAAACGAGAAACAGGAGCCGGACUGCCUGAUGGGCCAUAAGCAGUUUUACCGAAGGCGAAAGGCGGAUGCUAAUUGCUUCAUCAAGAAGAAGUUUGAGGAUCCUAUUCCUAACUUUGAGCCUUGCAAGUGCACCGAAGAAGAUUUCGAAUGUGAUUUCAACUUCAUCCGCAGCGAGGAUGGAAAGAGCUGCGUCCCAGCCAGAAGCUUACUGGCCCCUGAGGGCGCCUGCAAAAACCCCGACGACAAGUAUACUGGUAGCUCCGGAUUUAGGCUGAUCCCUGGUGACGCGUGCAUCAAGAAAGGGGGUUUGGAACUCGAUAAACCAAUAGAACGCGUUUGUUCGGAUACGAUGAAAACGCCAGCCGCUGGCGAGAUCGCCGUUGAGAAGACUUUUUUCACCGCGGACAAUUACAGAGAUUACUUCUACCUCGAACGCACAGGUAGCAGUAGGGGCGAUGACGAAACUGUCAUCAUGAUCACUUCUGAGCAGGAAAUUUUUAUCAGUAGAGAUCACGGCAAGCGGUGGAAACGAAUCUUUGAGGCAGAAACAAUAACUCGGAUAGAGCCACAUAGAUAUUUCAAUGAUGUGGCGUAUUUUCUGACAAACAGCGGCGAGGGGUGGUACACCCUUGACCGUGGGGAGAAUUUUAGAGAAUUCAAAGCACCUCUGCCCCCUAAUCAAGACAAGCUGCCAGCCCUAUCCUUCCACCCAGAUCGGAGAGAUUGGCUUAUUUGGACCGGUGCCGAAGAGUGCAACGGCAGCGGAGGGCAGUGCCACUCUGUUGCUUACUACACUACGAACCGUGGGGCCGAGUGGCACUUCCUCAUGCGAUACGUCCGUAGAUGCGAGUUCAUCAAAAGAGAUGCCCGCGGCUCAAGUGACAAAAUCGUGUUCUGCGAACAAUAUGAGGAUGAAAACCCUUCAAGCAAACAUUUGCAACUCAUCUCAUCAGAGGAUUGGUUCGCGGAGAAAAAAGUCCACUAUAACAAUAUCCUGGACUUCGCGACGAUGCAAGAGUUCAUUAUCGUGGCUAUUCGAGGAGAGAAGCCCCAAGACUCCCUUAGCGUUGGUGUUAGUAUUGAUGGGAAGACCUUCGCGGACGCCGAACUCCCUGCCAACGUUAAAAUUCCGAUACAGCGGGCCUAUACCGUCCUAGAGAGCAGAACGCAUGCCGCCUUCCUCCAUGUUACCGUCAAUAAUCUAGAGGACCACGAAUAUGGAAGUCUCAUAAAGAGCAAUAGCAACGGGACCUCCUAUGUUCUUAGCUUGAGUGCGGUGAAUAGGAACUCUCGCGGAUAUGCCGACUUUGAAAAGAUGCAGGGUUUGGAGGGCGUUGCGAUGGCUAAUGUCGUCGCGAACGUGGACGAUGUUGAAAAAGGUGCCGCGAAAAAGUAUAGGACCAUGAUUACUCACAACGAUGGCGCCGAGUGGACACUUCUGGCCCCACCAGGCAAGGACUCUGAAGGACGCGCCUACGGUUGCUCAACCAAAGGAGGCAAGCCAACCAAAGCAUGCGCCUUGCACCUCCACAGUUAUACCGAGCGGGUCGAUCCCCGAGAUACAUACUCGUCACCCGGGGCGGUUGGCAUUAUGAUAGGAACGGGCAAUGUAGGCGAGUAUUUGACACCUAAAAGCAGUGCUGAUACAUUUAUCACUCGAGAUGCUGGUAUCAGCUGGGAAGAGGCGAAGAAGGGCAAAUAUCAAUGGGAAUAUGGCGACAGUGGGUCCAUCAUCGUCCUCGUACCCGAGUCCACACCAACAAAAACGCUCCUGUAUUCUCUCGACGAAGGGAGGAGCUGGAAGGAGUACCAGUUUUCAGAAGUUGAGAUGCAGAUUCGGGAUAUAUCUACCGUACCCUCAGAUACUUCUCGUAAUUUCCUGCUCUGGGGAAAUGAAGUCGGACAAGGGAAGAAACCUGGCCUGGCCACUGUCAAUAUAGACUUCUCAGGAUUAAAAGAGCGAUCCAAGCAGUGCGUUUUGAAUGAAGAGAAGCCGGAGGCAGAUGACUACUAUCUUUGGGAACCGAAGCAUCCCCUCCAGCCUAAUGGAUGUCUCUUCGGCCACAGAGCGAAGUACCAUCGCAAACGGCCCGAGAAGGAUUGUUAUAAUGGUCGAGAGAUACAGCAUCUCGACUCUAUCGGUGAUAUCUGCGAAUGCACACGAUCGGAUUAUGAAUGUGACUACAACUACGAGCCGCAAACCGACGGUACCUGUGCGCGAGUCCCUGGCCUCGAGCCCCUUGACCCGAAACUCGUCUGUACCGAGGAUCCCAAAGCCAUCGAAUGGUAUGAACCAACUGGCUACCGGCGCAUCCCCCUAACCAAGUGCCAAGGUGGCAAGCAGCUCAACCAUAUCAUCGCCCACCCUUGCCCGAACAAGGAAGAGGAAUUCGAGAAGAAACACCCGCGCCUGCGCGGCAUCGGUCUUUUCUUCGCCAUCGUCAUCCCCAUCGGCCUCGCUGCCGCUGUUGGAUAUUACGUCUAUCAGCACUGGGAUGGGAAAUUCGGCCGCAUCCGUCUGGGCGAGACGGGUUCUGGAGGAUUUUUCGACCGCGAUUCCCCUCUCAUAUCGAUUCCUGUGACGAUCGUGGCGGGUAUUGUCGCAGUGGCUACUGCGCUGCCACUUCUAGUAUCGAGCCUCUGGCGUAGCCUCGGUGGGUAUAUUCGUGUGCCUGGCAGUGGUUCUUCGCGACAACCGUAUUCUUCCAGGGGCGCCUUUGCGGCGCGGAGAGGCGAUUAUGUGGGUGUUGUGGAUGAUGAGGAUGAGCUGCUUGGGACUGAUGAUUUGGAGGAUGACGAGGAGGGCGAGGAGAGAAAUGGUCAGGUCUGAUUUAAGAAAAAUACCUUUUCUUCUUCUUUUUUUUUUUUUAUUUUUUUUUAUUUUUUAUUUUUUAUUUUU